CGCGCACACAGCGCUCCGGGGACAGACAUUUAACUCUUGUCUAGUCUCGCCGCCGCCGCCGCGGCUCGCGGGCCUUGGGCUUCCCUUGAAGCAUGAGCCUUCUCGCCCGCCGCCACUGGCACUGCGCGGGCCGCGGACAGUGCGCGCCGGGGCCCCGGGCGCACAGCCUCAGGAUCCCCGUCGCCUACAGCUGGGGCGCCGGAGGAGCUCGGGCAGGGGCCCGCGGCAGGCAAACUGUGCGUGACCGCGCCUGCGGGGGAUUUUGCCAUCCGUGCACCGGGACCCGGGGAGGAAGAACCAGCGGCUCCCCAUUACCUCCCCCUCCAUUUCCAUUUCGCGGACCCCUCAGGGACUCGUUUUGGGGUUCCUACUGACUUCUAAGAAGGACGCGUGCCCCUCUCUGACCCCAUCUCGGGCGGCCACCUGUCUUUGCCGCGGUGACCCUUCUCCCAUGACCCUGCGGUGCCUCGAGCCCUCCGGGAAUGGCGCGGAAGGGACGCCGAGCCAUUGGGGGACCUCGGGGUCGGCGGAGGAGCCGUCCCCGGAGGCGGCGCGUCUGGCGAAGGCCCUGCGGGAACUUAGUGACACAGGUUGGUACUGGGGAAGUAUGACUGUUAAUGAAGCCAAAGAGAAAUUAAAAGAGGCACCAGAAGGAACUUUCUUGAUUAGAGAUAGUUCGCAUUCAGACUACCUACUAACAAUAUCUGUUAAAACAUCAGCUGGACCAACUAAUCUUCGCAUCGAAUACCAAGAUGGGAAAUUUAGAUUGGACUCUAUCAUAUGUGUCAAGUCCAAGCUUAAACAAUUUGACAGUGUGGUUCAUCUGAUCGACUACUAUGUUCAGAUGUGCAAGGAUAAGCGGACGGGCCCAGAAGGCCCCCGGAACGGCACUGUUCACCUUUAUCUGACCAAACCGCUCUACACAUCAGCACCACCUCUGCAGCAUCUCUGUAGACUCACCAUUAACAAAUGUACCGGUACCAUCUGGGGACUGCCUUUACCAACAAGACUAAAAGAUUACUUGGAAGAAUAUAAAUUCCAGGUAUAAGUGUUUCUCUUUUUCUAAACAUGCCUCCUAUAGAGUAUCUCCGAAUGCAGCUAUGUAAAAGAGAACCAAAACUUGAGUGACGGCUCUGGAUAACUACGCGGAAUUCUAAGAACAGCUGAAGUCAAUCUAAUUUAAACGUGUGGAGGGGUAGCUAGGUAUUUAAAGUUCCCCCAAAUAUUUUCACCUGAGUGAUGCUUCCCUUCCUAAGGCUGACCAAGACCAGUUUAUCCUUUUAAGUUAAAAAUAAAACGUCCCAAGUAAAGGCUGAAGGAACACUUUAUCAGAACUCUUUGCCUUUCUGAGGUUCCUGUUAGGUGGAAGGUGCCAGCACCGGCAGUAGAGAAAGAGCUCCACUUAGGAGUGCUGAAGAAGUGGAAGGAACCAAACUGACACAGGCUUAACUUCAAUUUUGUAUGCCUGGUGAUCAGAGUCUAUUUUAGGACAUUUGAUAUUUUGCAUUCUGAUGUACUUAGGAGAUUUGUUAAACAGAUAUGCUUGUGAGUAUUUAUCCUUCAUUUUAUGCAAUUAACCAAAUCAACCAAAAAAAGUGACCAUGAAA